GCACCAAGGCUCCCAUACCAGUCCAUGCCCCACACAUUUUCUCUCAGACCAAAAUACUUUCAUUACAUUACUACUCCCACACAUAUUUUACUCUCUCCUUUAAGUGCAACACUGAUUUCCUCCAUCAUUAGAAUGGCCUCUUUUUGGUUUCUCUUAUCAUUCAUUAUAUCUUUAAUCAUCCUCCCAUUGUUUUCGUCAUCUACUCUGCUAAAUUCACAACCUUCAACUAUCCCAACUUCUCCAGCAUCUCUAACAAAUUCAAAUUCUCUCCCUCUUUCUCCCUUCCAAGAAUUGUCACCGGAUAUUGCUCCUCUACUGCCUUCCCCUGGUGGUGUGUUACCUUCUCCAACUGUAUCAUCACUGCCCACAAUUCCCUCAACUCCGAGCCCGCCUAACCCUGAUGAUUUGGCAGCAGCAGGGCCUGAUUCUGCAUUUUCACCACUAGGGUCAUUGCCAGCUUCCUAUGCAACACCUCAGAGUUUAGUGAACUUAGCAGUUGCUGUAGGAUGUACAGCAUAUUGCUCGCUGCGUCUCUUUAAAAUGUGACUUGUUUUUCUGGCUAAAAUUUCCAGUGGUGCUGUACAAGGUGUGGCAGUUGCACUGUUUGCCAUGUUAAGUUUUCAAUUUAUUACAGUAUACAAUAUAAUGUAAGUAGUUUUUGUCUUGUGACGAGCUGAAUGUGCAUUUCUAGCAAUUCUUACUUUCAUUUA